UUUCUUUACAGGUUGUUCCAGACCAAAUGCAGUAGCUGUUUGAAGGUGAUUGCCCCUUCUGAGCUCAUCAUGAGGGUGCUGGAGAACGUCUACCACGUUCAUUGCUUCUACUGCUGCGAGUGCGAGCGGCGCCUGCAACGAGGAGAUGAGUUUGUCCUCAAGGAAGGGCAGCUGCUGUGCCGCAGUGACUAUGAGAAGGAGAAGGAGAUGUUGAGCGCUAUCAGCCCAGCACCCACUGAGUCUGUGAAAAGUGAAGACGAAGACGGGAGCCACUCGCACGGCAAAGGCGGCGAGGAGAGCAAAGACCACAAGCGCUCCAAGCGCCCGCGCACCAUCCUGACCACGCAACAGCGUCGAGCGUUCAAAGCUUCCUUUGAAGUCUCCUCAAAACCUUGUAGAAAGGUCAGAGAAACCUUGGCAGCUGAGACGGGUUUGACAGUACGGGUGGUACAAGUCUGGUUCCAGAAUCAAAGAGCCAAGAUGAAGAAGAUCGCUCGCAGGCAACAACAACAGCAACAGCAGCAGCAAGAACAAGAUCAACUGGGCAACCCUCGUUUAGGGAGCGGGAGAGGGACCGGUCGCAACAGUAGACAAAGCAACGAUGAUAGCGAAGACGGCGCAAGCGUUCACGGCCUGGAUGGGCUCAUGGUUCCCUACCCCAGGAACUCAGAAGGAGUUUUCCACGAUAUGGACAGUGACAGCAUCAGCCAUCUGGGAGACUGUCUGCUGUCAACAGCUGAAGCCAACCUCCUCCAAGCCCGUGUGGGUAACCCCAUCGACCGACUCUACUCCAUGCAGAGCUCUUACUUCACAUCCUGA